AUGUAUGGUGAACACCGGUUUGCAUUGGCACCGAAUGAGCAGAAAGCAUUUAAGGGUUUCUUUAAUCAAGCUAUUGUAAAGGUUUUCAAAACGUACGUUUGGGACGAGUGGUACUACUACUUACCUCAAGCAGUCGGUGCUUAUCUUCUUUAUGAUUGGGCGAAGAAGAGGAACUAUGAAGUUGGAAGAAAGAACCCAGCCGACUAUGCCAAUGAUCAGUGA